UGUUGAUGAGGAUCAAACCUCACAUUCUCAGGAGGUGAGGCGAUCUCUUGUGCCACUGCACCAAGAGAUCUCCCUCAUCAGAGUUAUAUAUAUACGAAGUAUAUAUUUUUUUUAUUUAAAUGCUUUUAAGGUGGUCAUGAGUUUUUCUUAUGUUGAAAUGGAUGGAAUUCAUUUUCACUCUUUGAUUGAAAUUGCAAAAAUGGAUAUAUUUUUUUUUUAACCGAAUAAUAUUUUUUUUUUUUUACCGAAUAAUAUCUCAAAACAAGUUCAAACGGAUUAGAUCCUAAGUUAGUCAAAAUUACAAUAAUCAGCUUUUAUCUAAUUUGGACGGAAUUGUAGUGUAUCUUUGAUCCACUUUAAUGAUUAAUUGUCAUCGUGCAAUCCAAAUGAUUUCAACUUUCAAAUCGGUCCAAUUCUAGACAUAUUCUCCAUAUCGAAGUACAUAAUAUCUAUAUCUUUGCUUUAAAUUUAUCACACAUCUACACGAUCACUCAUCAACUAAUGCCUUUUCGCAUCACAUAUAAGAAUUAUUACUUGUUCACUCAAAGGUUACUACAAUUGGAAAAAAAAAAAAAAAAAAAGCACUUUUUUCUGAUCUACUUCUAAUUUGGUUGGCUUUUUUUCACUCAAAGUGCAUAUAGUCGAAUAAUACAAUCAUAAUGGAUUUACUUCUUCCGUUGACUAUAAGCAUUUAAUCUCAUCAUUUGACCAUUUAACAUAGUUCCCAAAAAUUAAAUACAAUCUUUCUCUUUCUCUUUCUCUCUAAAACCAUGUCCAAAUUAUCAAACAUGUCAAUUUCUAAUAAUCUUCCAUCAUCAAAAACUACAUUCAUCAUUACAUGUUUUAUUCUAAUUUCUUCUAUUCUUUUUAUACUAAAUUACCAAUCAACUUCUACUAACAAAUUAUUGUCAACUGCAUCAACGUUGACUUUCCAAUUUUUCUCCUUUUCCAAUCCUGUUUCUCAUGAUCCACCUUCAAGUAACAAAAAUACUUGUGACAUUUUUGAUGGAAGAUGGGUUUUUGAUGAUUCAUACCCGAUUUACGCACCCGGGUCGUGCUCGUAUAUCGAAAACGAAUUCAAUUGCUUCAGAAAUGGUCGCCCUGAUUUUGGUUAUUUGAAGUAUAGAUGGCAACCUUAUGGUUGUGACAUUCCAAGGUUUGAUGCAACGAAGAUGAUGGAGAUGUUGAGAGGAAAGAGAUUAGUAUUUGUGGGAGAUUCACUAAACAGGAAUAUGUGUCAAUCUUUGGUUUGUUUUUUGAAGAUGUUUCAAGGACAAACCUUUAGAAACAAAUUAAAUUAUAACUAUAUUUUUAAGGAUUAUAAUUGCAGCAUAACACUAAUUACAGCACCAUUCCUAGUCCAACAACGUCAUCUUCCAAAGAAAAACGAAACAUUGAGGCUAGAUACUCUGGAUGCUAUGAUCUACAAAUACCGUGAUGCCGAUUUUCUCAUCUUCAACACUGGCCAUUGGUGGAACCAUAACAAGUCCAGAAAUGGGGAGAAUUAUUUCCAAGAGGGUGAUAUCGUACACAAAAAGAUGGAUGUGGGAGUAGCAUACACCAAAGCAUUAAAAACAUGGGCUAAUUGGGUUGACAACAAUGUCAACACUAGCAAAACCAAAGUCUUUUUUAGAGGCUUUGCUCAUACUCAUUUCAUGGGAGGUGAUUGGGAUACUGAUGGAGUCUGUCACAACGAAACCGAACCAAUAACAGACGAAAAAUUGUUAAAACCGUAUCCAUUUUUGAUGCAAACUCUUGAAAAAGUGAUCUCAGAGAUGAAGACACCAGUAACAUAUCUCAACAUUACCAAAUUGACUGAUUAUAGGAAAGAUGGGCACCCGUCUAUGUACAGACACCGGGGAAGAAAAAAGCCGGGAGCGAUUCAGGAUUGCAGCCACUGGUGCCUCCCUGGAGUUCCAGACUCUUGGAAUGAACUUCUUUUUUCAUCUUUGCUAUUCUCUUCAGAAGGAUUUAACAGAACAACUUAUUAGUUUGUCCUGUUUUUUCUUGUUUUUCUUUGGCCUUUGUAUUGAUUGGUACAGUUUAAACACAUAUACGAAAAUGAGAAACGUGAGGAGAGUUUCUUAAUGUCACUUUUGAG